GACAAACGCGCUCUGUGAUUGGUCGGGCUACUUCCUAUUUCCUGACAUCCAUCCAUACCGCACGUGAAGGUCAGCAAUAGAGCCGUCAGGCUUUCUGAAUUAGAAAGAUUUUGCGCUUACGACCUCGUUUUAGCGAAACAUGGACGGCCAGGGAGCGACAGCCGACCCUCAGCUUCAGCAGUUCAUCGAGGUCGAGACUCAGAAACAAAGAUUUCAGCAGCUGGUGCAUCAAAUGACGGAGGUCUGCUGGGAGAAAUGUAUGGACAAACCCGGGCCAAAGCUGGACUCAAGGACAGAAAUGUGCUUCGUUAACUGUGUGGAGCGAUUUAUCGACACCAGCCAGUUCAUCCUGAACAGACUGGAACAGACUCAGAGGAGCAGGGGUUCAUUCUCUGAGAGCAUGUCAGACUGAAAACCGUCCCUGAAAUAACUGAUGAGACACGUGGACUCAGCCCCGGGUCUGUGAGGACGCUGUUUCGGUCCUGACAGCAGACUGUAUGUUGCUGAACAGUCCCUUCAACUGGAAUAAGGAACAUCAUUAAGUGUUACUUUUGAUACAAGUGCCUGAGAUUAACACCAUGUAUGGACUCAUGCAAAAGUCUAAGGUUUUAUUCGUCCUCCACUUAUCAGGUUGUGAGUGUUGCAAAGAUCGUGGUUUGUCAUGUGAAGCAACUUUAUGUUGGUUUUGUCAUGAAAGUCAUGAAAUUGUAGUCAGUUCAGUGUUGAGACUGAUGUUGAAAGUGUUCACAUCCACUGCUGUGACUAACAGUCCAAGUGCAGGAGGCUGCAGGAAGAUGGAGGCACCUGAGAUGUUCAGCUUGACGGCGAAAGAAGACUCCACUGCUACACUCUGCUGUAAUUUAAGAGAACUAACAAUGUUUUGACAGAAGAAGAGACACAAGGUUCUGGACUGUACAUAUGCAAUAAACAAAAUGCCAAAUAA